AUGAAUAUAGCGGUUCAAGCCGCUCGUGCAUUGGGAAUGUUCCGACAAGAAUUCGCAGUGACUCAUGGAGAUGAUGAUUUGGUGUUGCAGGAAAGCUGGAGGCGAACUUGGUGGAUGCUAUAUACCAUUGAAGCUUAUUACCAGGGGACGCUUGGGACCAUGAACUUUCAAGUUCUACGGAACAUCGAUGCUACCGUGGAACUACCCUGUGAAGAAGACGAAUAUGAGCUUGGGCAUAUUCCCACCCCGAAAACCUUGUACGACUUUGACUGUCGCGAGUUCGCUCCCGAUGAUCCCGUUUUCUCAUCUUUUGCUUAUCUCAUUGGUGCUGUGAAAGGUGCGGCAUUUGCUAUCUCCACGGCUCCCAAGAAUGCCCGGAAAGAAGAUUCCCCGCAGGUGAUCCAGACUGCAGACUCAAUCCUGAAUGGGUGGCUCCUUUUAUUGCCCAAGAAUCGCAAAGAAGUCAUGAGCAAGAAUGGAGAAAUCGACGAGCUCAUGUUCCAGGCCCAUCAUCUUAUUCAAGUCGCGAGUAUUGGUUUGCAUCGUCCAUUUUCAGACCUCAAAUUCAACCCCGUGGAAGAGACGUCAAGCUGUGCUAGGGAGCCACCUGAAGCUAUUCCCUCACCAGAUUUGGUGAACAUACACACCGUCCGCGUACUACGGGCUGUUGAGGAACAAAUCCGCCUGUUAGCAUUACCUACAGAAUACUUUCACCAUUCCCCCUUUACGACCUGCAUGGUCAGCGAAGGAACGCUCGCCCUUCUCUCUGCUUGUAGCUUUUUGCUGAAGGGAAAAGAAUUGGCAAUUGCACGAGAACAAAUCCGCAUGACCAUUGGAUGUCUCAAAGCGCUUGCUGAGCUGUGGCCUCGAACAGCAAGGAACGUGCGGGAACUUCAGACCAUUGCCCACCAUGUUCUUGGACUGGCAUCUAAAGUGACAACCCAGCCCCGCGAAGGGUCGGACUUUUCCAGUAGCCAAUCACAGGGGGGUGCGUUUGGAUCUGAAACGGGAGCAUCUAGCGAUGAUUUCAAUGUGGUGCCUUCCUUGGGGUCUAUAGAUGAUUUAUGUGGGUGGUAUAAUAUUGGAGAUCUGGAUUCAAAUGUUGCCUGGGAAAGCUAA